GGGCCGAAACAGAAGAGGGAUUAACCCCAGUUCCCUAUAAAUACAUGCUGUUUUAUUCCAAACAUCACAGACACUUCUCUCGCUAAUUCAUAAUUCAUAUGGGAGAGAGAUCGAUUCCAUCCAAAAUAUUACCAGCUAAUGUGGGACAAGACAAACAUUCUGAUGAUAAACCAGCUUCAGCACUAAAGCUAUUCGGAUUUCCAUUAACUGAGCAAGAUGAAAUUCUUGAGAAAACAGAAAAUGUUGAAGGUAGAAAGUUCCGGUGCCAUUUUUGCGGCAGAGUGUUCGCUAAUUCUCAAGCGCUAGGGGGCCAUCAAAAUGCGCACAAAAGGGAGCGUCAAAGAGCGAAAUCACGUGCUCAGUUUCAUGGUCAUGAUCAACGGUUCAUACCAGCUGCUGCAUCACCUAUUCUCAGCUCACAUGCAGUGAGACCUGCAACACCCAUUUAUCAAGGACAAUUUAUCAGCAGUAUUAGUACUCCUGCUACAAUUGGAUCACAGCCCACUUAUUGUUAUACGUCUCGCCCGUUGUUGCUUCCAUCAUCGCCUUCUCGAAUUUACCUUGCCCGGCCUUUGCAUUUUGCGACUGCAAUGCCUUCGUUUACUGAAUUUUCUGGCAAACUACCUGACGGAGUGGGAGACAGAGGCGUUGAUCUGCAUCUUAAACUUUCUUCCUCAGGUUGAUUUUCUAUAAGUUAAUUAAGAUAAUCUAUCCAUGACAUGCACAGAAGCCUGUCUUAGUUUUCCUUCUUUUGGCAAGGUUGAGUGUAUUUCUCUCUCUUUUUCUGUAACAUCUUCUAGGGUAAUUAAAGUGUGAUUUUGAAGGCAUUAGGCGAUGGUCAGAGACUGAUUGUAUAGUUGUAUCAUUAAUUUCGCUCUGCCAUAUAUAUAUAUA